UGCCGUUAGUGAUUGCAUUUUGUUUCUCCGUGUGAAUGUAUGCGUGUGCAAUGUGUGAAAAAUUGCAAUGCAUAGCGAGUUUUCUUGAUUUCCCAACUGCACUAUAUGUAACACCAACAACAACAAAGGCAUCAGUCAUCAACUGGAAAUUAAAUGCAAUUGUAUAUGUUGCAUGGAUAAACAGAUAACUAAUUUAUGUACAAGAGACAAAGCGGAGGCGACGACAACAGCACAGAUGACGGCCAGCGUCAGCUCCAACUGCACGGAUGUGCUCUUGAACAACUUUCAGCUGAAGAAGAAGAGCUAUCGGGUGCUGCUGCAUGGCCAGCACUUGGUAUGGGAGCGUCUGGAGCGGCAGUCGAAGUAUGGAACAACCAAGUUGCCAAAAAAGUUGCCGCUGCCAUCGGAACAGUCGGCAGAUGAGCAGACAGCACCCAAUGUGCUAAGUGGAUAUGGCCCACAGAGCCAUGUGCUGCAUAUGGAUGAUAUUAUCUGCGUGCGUUGUGGCAACAGCAAGGCGGAGAGCCUGCAACCAGUGCGCACGCAGGAGCAGGAGCGAGCACAGGGCGAUGUUAAGCCUACGGCACAAUUUCUUACCAUAAACUAUGCGCAGCGCUUGAGCAAAUCCAAGAGCGACUGCAAUCGCUGGCAGCUGCGCAGGCUGACCUUCUUCAAUGUGGAUGCGUAUGUGGUGCGUCAGUGGGAGCAGCAGCUGCAGGCACGUCUGGCAUCCUCGCCAGCGUCGGGGCAGCGUGUGCGCCGUUUGCUGGUCUUCGUCAAUCCCUAUGGCGGUCGCAAGGCGGGCGCUCAGACCUACGAUCGUCAUGUGCGUCCGCUGUUCCAGCUGGCGGGCAUCGAUGCCACCUGCAUCACCACACAGCGUGCCAACCAGGUGCGCGACAUACUGCUCAGCCACGAUCUCAGCUGCUACGAUGCGGUGUGCUGUGUGGGCGGCGACGGCACCGUCGCCGAGGUCAUCAACGGUCUGGUCUUCAGGCGCAUACGUGAGCUGGGCCUGGACGAGCAGCGACCGGCGUAUAUACCGCGUCCCAGUCUCCCAGUGGGCGUCAUACCCGCCGGCAGCACCGACACCAUUGUCUACAGCAUGCAUGGAACCUCGGAUGUGCGCACAGCGGCCAUACAUGUGCUGCUGGGACAGCGGCGUGGUCUGGAUGUCUGCAGCGUAAGCAACAGCAGCACACUGCUGCGCUUUUGCGCCUCAGUGCUGAGCUAUGGCUACCUGGGCGAUGUGGCGGCGCAGAGUGAGAAAUAUCGCUGGAUGGGUCCAAAGCGUUAUGAAUACAGCGGCGUCAAGGCAUUCGUUAACAAUCGUGGCUAUGAGGCAGAGCUGCGACUGAUAGAGCAGCCGCUGGAGCCAGAGACGCCGCAGAGUCCCGUCAGUGUUUGCUCCGAGCCGCCUUCGGUUUGCUAUGCCAAUUGCCAGCGCUGUAGCACGGCCAGCUCGCUGCAGGAGCAGCGUUCCACGCUGUUUCUGGAUGAGGAGGACGAACAGCAGGAGGAGCAGGCGUCAACUGCGCAUGAACUGCAGCUUAGUGCCAGCGAGUCAGCUCUACUGCGUCCACGUCCUGCCAACUUGCCGUUGAAGUUCAGCAGCAGCAGCAACAGUAGCAACAGCAUCUUAAGUCUACGCAGCAGCGAGCAGUGGAAGAUUAUACGUGGCAAGUUCUUUAUGAUUUGUGGCGCUAACAUUACCUGCGCCUGCUCACGCAGUCCCUAUGGCAUAUCACGCUAUAGUCAUCUGGGCGAUGGUUGCCUGGAUCUGAUUCUCGUGCGCAAAACCUCUUUGCUCAACAAUGUGCGAUUUCUGCUCAACACAGCGGGUCGUGCUGGUGAUAUUCGCAAUCUGCCCUUUGUGGAGGUUUAUCGCACGCGUAAAUUCAAUUUCCGCACGCUGUCGGCGGCGAUGAGUGAGGAGCAGGAUAGCAUUGCUGGCUCCUGUCAGCCCAUAGCUCAAAAUGAUGGUAAUGCUGCAGGCUCGCUAUGUUCCAGCUGGAAUUGUGAUGGUGAAGUGCUGACGGAUCUUGAUUUAACCAUGAGCUCGCAUUGCCAGCUCAUUGAUGUUUUUAUGCGCGGACCUCAUUCCUAUAGUAAGCCUGAAAAGUUGGGCGCCAGCACGCCCACAACUCCAGCAAGCUCAAGCGAUAAUGUUUAUUGCUGCUGUAAGAAUUAAAAGCAAUAGGAUAGUUAAAGGGAAAAGAGCUUUUAGUUUAGUGACAAAAUUGGCCGUGACAACUAGUUAAAUUAAUUGUAAGCGCGCAAAGUAUUUGCUAAAUCUUGUUAUUUCUAUCCAUGUAUAUUAAAUGGGUUUCUUUAGUAACACUAGCCUAGCUAACACUCCAUAUACUUACUACAUAUGUAUUUUAUAUGAUAUUCUCUAAAAUGUAUUAUGUAAUCUGUAAGGUGCAAAAUGUAACGAAAAAACAUUCCCUCAAAGGUGUGCAUUGCAUGAAUUAUAUGUAUAUUUAUACCCUGGAAAUAAAGAAUGAAAGCA